UAUAUUUGUAGAGAUGUUGGAGAACCAUUUGUCCUUUUCCUCUCACUUCAGAGCCACUGUCAUGUUUUAGUAGAGCUGUUACUUAAAAGUUCUGUGGUGUAAACCGCAAGGCAGAAAUUAUAACAACAAUGGGAGGAGGAGACUUUGGCAAGUUAUCAGACCUGCUGGAGACGGCUCAAAAGCAUUCUACCACUGUUGGUAAAGUCUGGCUCACCGUGCUGUUUGUCUUCCGCAUCUUUGUCCUGGUAACAGCUGCUAAAGAAGUGUGGGGUGACGAGCAGUCCAAUUUCUUAUGUGACACUAACCAACCAGGCUGUCAACUUGUUUGUUACGAUAAGACCUUCCCAAUUUCUCAUGUCCGCUUCUGGGUGAUGCAAAUAAUUUUUGUCUCCACACCAACACUUAUCUACCUGGGGUUGGCUCUCCACAAAAAACGCAUCAAUGAGAAGAAAGAAAUAAAAAAAUCAAAUCAAAGCAUCAAUAAGAAAAAAAAGAAAAGCAAAAGAGAUCAAGAUCAGAGCAUCAAUGAGAAUAAUCAAGGAGAUAGCACCACAGAAGAUCUAAAGAGUAAAAGUAAAAAAGAAGAAGUACAGGAACUGCCACUGGAAGGUGGUGUCCUGAAAGCGUACGUCUUCAACAUUAUUUUCAAGAUUCUGUUUGAAGUGGCCUUUCUUGUAGCUCACUACUUCCUGUAUGGAUUUGGCUUGGAUCCGAUGUACAGCUGUGAACGCUGGCCCUGCCUCACCAAAGUGCUCUGCUAUGUGUCCCGACCCACGGAGAAAACAGUCUUCAUCAUCUUCAUGCUUGUUACUGCUCUAGUGUCUCUGCUACUCAACGUAGUGGAGGGGUUUCAUCUAUUAUGCAAGAAAGCAAAGCAGCAAAAGAAGAGCAUUCAGGGAAAUAGAAAUGAGAAGGAUGGUGUGGUUUAGGCCUAUAGACUCUAUAGCAAACAUAAUGAACACUUAUUCACUUAGGAACAAUAGUUCAGUGUUGUUAUUAGUUCUUACCUGUUCCUUUAAUGUAACAUAUUUUCCCUGCUAUACGUGCUCCUCAUUUCUACUUGGAUUGUUGUCAGUUUAUGGCUAGUCUGCAACUUCCUGUUUAACUUCAUUCCUGUCUGUAAGCUUUUGACAAUUAUAUAUUUUUUUUAUUCUUCUACUCACCUCCUACCCACUGAGCAACUCACCAACGGUCCAAGGACUCACUAAGUGGAGACUGAACUACCUACAAAACCAACCCAC